CAUGCCGCCGAGGAUCAGCUCCAAGUACGCCGAUACCAGGAGUGCAGGCACAACACAGUCCGUCAAGAUUGGCUUCCUUCUUCUUCUCAAAGAGAUCCUUCAGAAGUAAUCCACUCAAGCGGACUAAGUCAGCAAUCAAGUUAGAGCCGCCAAAGGACAGGGUGCUGGCUGCACCACCAACACAUCCUGCUACACAUGCGCUAAGAACAUCAAGAUCUCAUGAAAGUUUACUAUCAGCACAUUCACCCGCAGUUUCUACGAUGGAUUUGGGACCUCCAAAUCAAGUAGAAAUUCGGGCUUUACACUCGUCAGUAUUAGGCCGACCGCACUGUUUCGCACUGAGCGCAGAGAACCGCGCUCCGCGUUAUUUUGCCUGUGCCUCGCGAAAGGAGAGAGAUAGAUGGAUAUACAGUUUACGACAAGCAGCACGACCAGAGGAAAUGCGGACGAGGCGAUGCGAGAGAACAGUGAAGCUUUGGCUACUAGAAGCGAAAGCUAUCCCACCCAAGAAGCGCUAUUAUUGCGAAAUAUUAUUGGAUGAUACAUUGUACGCUAGGUCGUCCUCAAAAUUGAAGUCGGAAUUAUGUUUCUGGGGCGAAGUUUACGAAUUCAGCGCGUUGCCUGCCGUGCGGGCGAUACAUGUGAACGUUUAUCGGGAACCAGAGCGGCGCGCGCGCAAGCGGGACAAACAUGCUCUUGUUGGCACAGUACGUAUACCCGUCGAUGACGUCUCAUCUCGCUAUCUCAACGAGCGUUGGUACCCGCUUAGUGAAGGCGAUAAACCGCAAUCUCCCGGCCGGACACCCACGCCAAUACCCGCCUUACGUAUCAAAUGUCGUUACCAGUGCGUGGAUGUACUACCGCUGGACUGCUAUGCGCGAUUCCUCGACUACCUGAAGAGGAACUAUAGGCGGCUCUGUGAAUAUCUAGAGCCAGUUAUUGGUGUCAAAGCAAAGGAGGAUAUAGGCUGUGCUCUCGUACUAUGUAUGGCCGGUGCGGGCUUAGCUCCGCGGUACUUGGCAGAUGUCGUGGCAUUAGACGUACGAAGGACAGGCGACCACUCGUUAACCUUCAGAGGAAACUCACUGGCUACUAAGAGUAUGGAAGCCUAUUUGAAACUUGUUGGAGAUCAGUACCUGCAGGACACACUAGGAGAGGCAGUUUGUGCAGCAGCUGGCCCGAGUGCUGUAGACUGUGAAGUAGACCCACUGCGGGCGGGUAGCGGUGCUGCCCUGCGUAGGCAACAGGCGGCCUUACGAGAUGCUGUUACAUUAGCUUGGCGCGCCAUCGCUGCUUCAGCCCCUCGUUUCCCACCACCGUUGAGAGACUGCUUCGCUACUUUUAGAGAAAGGUUAAUUUCUAUGGGCAGAGAAGAUAUAUCAGAUAACCUCAUCAGUGCCUCGAUAUUUUUAAGAUUUUUGUGUCCAGCUAUACUAUCUCCGAGUCUUUUUGGAAUCACUCACGAAUACCCGAAUGAGCGUGCUGCACGUAACUUAACGCUGGUGGCGAAAACUUUGCAGACCUUAGCGAACUUCACUCGAUUCCAAGGCAAAGAGGCCUUCAUGGAGUUCCUCAACGAUUUCUUAGAACAGGAGGCGCCCAACAUGAAAGCCUUUUUGAGAGCUAUAUCGACGCGACCGCAAGAACAGCAGCAGCAACUGCAGCAACAACAGCAGCCACAGGACAGCAAGCGCAAUUCAGCUGCGUCACAAGGAUCUACGGCGGGUUCUGAGUCCUCACCAAUAGGAACUGUUGAAGCGGACCCAGAGUGGGCUCCACACGUGGACUUAGGCAAGCAACUUGCUACGCUCCAUGGAUUAUUGGUUGAUAGCUUGCCUAAAUUACCGUCUGGAAGAAUGCAGGAGCUCGAUCCAUUAAACGACAUAUUAGAUGAACUAAGUAAGAAGUUAGUAAACAACGACAUAGGACCAACUACACAAGUAACUGAUAAUAUCUUUAGAUUCAACGAUCCGACAUGCAACACACCAACAAAACAAAGUACAGAAAACGUUGUUUCCUCGAACGGUCCGCUUAACAGUAACUUUGCACAUAGUUCACCUAUUAUGAACAAAAACGGAGUCCAAUUCAAUAUAAGCCCAUCGAAAUCGAACGCAGAAGAGUCUAAGUACAAAGGAUCUUUUGUCACUGUAACUAAAUCGCCCAGCUUCAAUCUACGCUCCGCGACGCUACCGCGUAACGGCUAUGGCUCAAACGCGAACCAAAAUGUCAAUCCGGAUAGAUAUAGCUCCCAAUACAAUAACCAAGAACACUGCGUCAACCUGAAGGUCGUGCAAAUCGGUUUCGGUUCAGACCAAUAUCCGAAAGGCAUCAGUAACGGAUUAAACGAAAGCCUAGAACGACGAUUCCAAGACAGAUAUAAACCCAACAAUAAUUUCAAUCAACAACAUUACCACAAUUCGAAUUAUAACAGCACCGAACGAUCUCCUAGUAGCGAUAGCAUCAACCAUAAUUACUGUUCAAAUGAAAUGCAGAAUAUUAUGAAGGAAACUGCCACUCUGGAUGAGCUGUCAGACCUCCUAAAGUACGCUGAUGAUUCAGACAUCGUGGACGAAAAGAUUAUGAACAAGAAGAACAUAGCUCAGUCUAAAUCUAAUAACAACAUCGUGAACGGAAAUAAGAAUUACACAAAUAACGGAUCCAAUGUAUCCAUAAGUGGCUUAUCUAAUGUCGCCAGCUCCGGUUAUCAGAGCAUCGCCACUUACAGCCAAAGUUCUAGUCCCAUCGAGAACACCACGCAUCAUCACCAACCUUACGAAAACGGUGGACAGCCCCUAAGUCGGUUCUCGCAGCUGAAUUACCAAAAACAGAGAGACAAACAGUAUUACGAUAGCAAAAACGAGAAAUUCUAUCCAAAGAGCCCAGUGCAACAGAAAAUUGAAUACGACCUGCAAAAGUACGGCAUACAAAAUUUCACGACGGCCGAUAACGUACAAAAUAAUAAAAAUUCAAAUUCAAAAGUCGCUCCAUUGGUAUUCACUAAUCCAGUUUACAACAUGGAGGACAACAGACAAUCGCAAGAGGUGAAGAAAAACAAUGAGAACAGAAACUCCAAGCGGUGUCCAUGUGGCUCAUCCAGUUCAUCCAUAGAUGAGGAGGGCUUGAGCACAGACAACGCGGAGACCAAUUCUGAAGAGGGUUCCACCAACUUCAACGACGAUGGUAGGAACUUUGACCAGCAGAAUCGCAACAGCGCCCACCGAAAACUCGCCAGAGAUAAUUGUAAUUAUGAAGACGUAUACCAGAGAAGCAACCACAGCAAUUCACCUAGGAUAAGAGACGACGAAUCGUCGAGCAAUUCUCCAAGUCUGCGCAAGAGUAAAACGCGGAUGCCCAGAACGAACCCAAUGCUCUCCUACUCGACAAACCAAAACCCACUUAACCUAAAACAUUUUGGGCAGAGAGGAGAAUCCUUAUAUGAGAGCAAGCCCCACCACAUCUCUUCAGACUCUGGCUACCCUAUGAGCCGUUCAGACUCUAACGUAGAAGAAGUGAAUAAAGAGAUGUACCGGUUGCAAAUAUCGCGGAGUCAAAAAGCGCUAUUCAAUAUGGAGAACUCGAAAAAUUCUCCGGAGAAAUUCGUUAACGAUAACGCUGCACCGGAGACUAAUUAUCCUUUGGAUAGGGCAUAUUCGGGGGCCAAGAUGUCAAGUAGUAGAUUGAAUGAGGAUAUGGAGAGGCAUCAGGAUUACUAUGGAGGCAGGGAAAGGCGAGAGUCCCCUUCGCGUGUAUUUAGUAGGGAGUCUCACUCUAGUGAAGCCAGUGAGCGGGUAGCUGUAAGAACAGAAAGGGAACUGCCAGCGAGGGACAAGUUACAACGGCGGCUGAGUUUGGAAUCAGCGCGUGAACUCACAGAUAGCUCAGAUGAGCUAGACGAAACGUUGUACAGCACCACUGGACGAAGACGCACUAAACACCAUAGGACUAUAGAACAGUAUGAACGUGAGAUCGAACGAUUAAAAUGUUCGGUGGAACUGUUACGCGGCAGAUUGGGUCCAACGGACUCCGGGCAAGACCACACAGACGCCAAAAUGAAGGCUAUUAUUUCAAGGUUAAUUUGCGUGGAAGAUGAACUACGUCGCGAGCAGCGUAAAAUGGCGGCCGCACUCUCCCACAAGCAGCGAGUGAUAGAAGCGCAGGAGCAUAGAAUCGCCGCGCUAGACGAAGCCAAUACUCGCCUGCUAUCUGCUUUAGUACACCUCCAACAGAGGGCGCCACACUCCGCACCAACACACAACACAAGUAACACACACUCUCCGCACUCACACCAAGAACUGCAAAUAUGA